CAGCGAGCAGCUGCGACGCUUGCUUCACCACCACCACUCCCCGUCACGCCCUCUCACGACCUUCCAUCACGACCCGCUGCGACAAAUGCGUCUCCUGCCGCUCCUCUCGCUCGCCGCGCUCGCCACACUCGUGCUCGCCUCGCCCGCACCCGCGCCGCAGCCGACACAUGCGCCGCUGCUGCUCGCCGCGCGCCCGCUGCACCCGCGGCAGAGCAACGUCGACCAGGCGCCCAACCCCUUGUCCUCCUACCCGCCGCCCUCUUUUCCCGCCGACAUCGCCAGCUGCCCCAAGUGCGAGGCGGGCUACCCCGGCCUGAGCAGCUGCAUGGCGGCGAGCAGCGUGUUCCAGAAUGCCACGAGCAUCUUCAACAGUCCGCUGGCGUACAUCAGCGUCAUCAAGUGCGCAUGCACCGACACGUUCCAGUCUGUGUACCCACAAUGCGUCGAUUGCUUCCAGAAGACGAAUCAAUGCUGGUGGCUCGGCACCGACCCCGCAGGCACGGGCGCGGGCACCAUUGUCACCAACAUGCGCAGCAUCUGUGGCCUGGGCAGUGCCCUGCUCGGAGGAGUGGCUGCCGCCAACAACGCUACGCCGACGAUGUCGAGCGCCACGUUCAGCGCCGUCACUACCGGCGCAGAGUAUCAGACAAACCACGCCGCAGGGCCCAUCUUCGCCUCCGACGCGCCUCCGGCGCCGAUAGUCGCCGGCGCAGGCGUCUUCAUCCUCGCCACGCUUGCGUCUGCCGCUGCGCUGAUCCUCUUCUGAUGUGGCCCUCACCUUUGCCGCCGUCGCCGCCCGCCCGCCCGUCCGCCGCCGCCGCCGCUCGCCGCUGGCUGGCCGUCUCCCUCGCACGUCCGACACGACUCCUCUACG